AUGGAUUUGGUGCUGCCAGAGGCUGCCAAGGAGGUGGAUGCGGAGGUGCACGAGACGGAGGAUAUGAGUGCUUGUGAGACGAUCUUCAAUCUGUCCAACACCAUGGUCGGUGGUGGUGUGCUCUCGGUGCCAUUUGCCUUCCGACUCAUCAGCUACAGCGCGGCGCUGCUGCUGGCCUUGGUGGUCCUGGUGACUGCCUUCACCGCUUGCCUCAUUGGCCAGUCUCUGGAUGCGGUGCGGCACAAGACGGACACGCCUCCCGCCUGCAGGGACUAUGCCUGGCUGGCGGAGGUUUCCUUUGGACCGUGGGGCCGGCGUGUGGUGGGCAUCACAACUGCCAUGGAGUUGUGGAUUGCGGCAGUGACUUUUCUAGUUAUGAGUGGCAACAAUGCAAAGGGCCUUCUUGGUGUGAAUGAAUUCCACGCUGUGAUGUUUUGCACCGUGCUCUCCACUGUCAUGGUCUUCAUUCCUCUUCGAGUCUAUGCCUAUGUUUCUUUGGUGUCUUUGAUUGCCCUGCUCAUUGCCAGCCUGGCCUUCUUAGCAGAUCUGCUUGCCAUGCCCAGCUGGAGUAUGCCUGACUUUGUCCAGCCACAGAUCGCAGACCUUUUUCGAGCAUAUGGGCUUUUCAUCUUCUGCUUUGCUGGGCAUCCUUGCUUUCCUGGCCUGCAUCAGACGAUGCGGCAGACAAAGCACUGGACGUCAUGCGUGUCUUUGUCCUUCUCCAUCGCCUCGUGCUACUACGUCGGCCUCGGUCUCAUAGCUUUCAUGGCGCUUGGCACGGACGUGCAUCCUGUGUUCACCGCUGACAUGCGGGACGGAUGGAUGGGCCGCAUCACCAUCGCCUUUUUUGCAGUAAAGAUCCAGCUGACUACGCCGGUGCUGCUGCGGGUGGUGAUUGUGGCGCUGCAACUCUGGCCCGAAGGCGGCGGUGGAUCAGGCGAGCCGAGAGGAGAGCACACGGUGAGGUCGCUGCUUGGCAGCUACCUGCCAGCCGCUGUGCUGGUCGUGUUCACUGGAGCCAGCGCUUGCUUCCUGUCGCAGAAAGUGGCGGCGCUCGCCUCGCUGGCGGGCGCGCUGCUGGUGAACCUCACCUCCGUGGUGCUGCCGGCAGUGAUGUAUGCCCGCCUGGUGUGGUCGGACAAGACUUCCAAGGCGAAGUUGGCACUUUGUGCCUUGCUGGUGGCUUUUGGCCUGGUGACCGCGGUGGUUGGAACGGUGCUGGCAGUUCAGGACAUGAGCAAGAAGGCACAUGCCUGA